GGAUUUCCAAUCACAUGUUUUUAUUUUUUGGCAUUGUGUAUCAUAUAUUAUAAAAAAUCGAAUUUUACUUUGUGAUAACGAAUUUUGGAUUUUGAAUUUGCAUUAUCAUACCAGAAAAAAAUGCCUGGUACAAUUAGCCGAGCAUCGAGGCUCCCAAUGAUUAAUUGGAUUUUGAAACAAUCUUUUCAUAUGGAUACAAUAUGUAACAAAUACAUUACCAAUACUGAAUUAAUUCAUCGAAGUGUUAUGUAUGGUCGUUCCGCAUAUCCAAAACGACCAAAUGAUCCACGUGUACCAUCAAAUCCUAAAUUUGGUACCACUCAUUUGAAUCUUAAACAACAACCAGAAUUGGUUUCAGAUCCAGAUUUAGAUUCAGAUAUCGGUAUAGCCGAUCAAAAACGUGGUACUAUUUCGAAAGCGAUGAAAGUAUAUCUGGAACGUGCACGACAGCAUAGUGAAUUUAUACGUGAACAAGAAGUAGAAUUUGAAAGUGGUCGACGACAUUUGGCCAACAUGAUGGGAUUACAAAUUGAUUCAUUAAAUCAGCAAGACAUUGAUGAUGCACUUAAAUAUCUAAUGCCAUCGGGUUUAUUCGAUCCUCGUGCCCGUCCUCGAAUGAAACCACCAAAGGAAAUCUAUCCGGCAAUUAAGCAGGCACAAUUUAGUGCCGAUGGUCGACCAUAUCAUUCACUUUUCUAUACUAGCCGUGCCAAUUUCUAUCAAACAUGCUUUGAUCUUGAAGAACAAAUGAAUCGCCUUAAAGAUUAUGAAGAUGAUCAACUUCGUUCCGGUAUUAAUAAUCCACCAAGUGAUUCUAAAUUGGAUUUGAAAUCAUCAGAAUGGAUGUCAUCUAGUGAAAUGAAGGCCAUGUUUUUGGAAAAACUUGAAGUUUCUAAAUAUGAAGCUUUCAUUGUAGCUUUGGAACGUUUGGCUAGUCAUCCAUAUUCGAAAUUAUGUCAAGAUUUUAUAAUGAAAUUUCGUAAAGAAAUUAAAUCUGCUAUUGAAAUAAUGGAAAUACCACCGUUAAUGUUUGACCAAGAUGGUCGACCAUAUAUGAACGCAAUUGGUCGUCGAAAACUUUGUGUUGCCAACGUUACCGUUCGUGGUAAUGGUACGGGUAAAGUGGAUAUCAAUGGACAAGAUAUCCUAUAUUUUGAUUUCAUACAAGAUCGGGAACAAGUGAUGACACCAUUAAAAUUCUGUGGCUUAAUGGGCAAAGUUGACAUUGAAUGCCGAACAACUCAUUUGGAAUAUACACGCGAAUACAGUGAAGAUUCACCACCAUUUCCGCAUCAUGUUCGUGAACUAGGAACAUCUAGUCAAUCCGGUGCUAUUCGUUAUGCAUUAUCGAUAGCAUUACGAAGUUUUGUUGACCAUGAUACAGUGGAAAAAAUGCGAUUAGUUGGACUUCUUUCCAAUGAUCGACGUGUCAAAUUGCGAAAAAUCUGGGGCCAAGAAGGUGCUCGACGAAAAUAUACCUGGAAAAAACGUUAAUAUUCAAGACGAGGAAAAAAAUCACUUUUUUUUGUUCCAAUAGCAACGUUCAUCACUGUCUUUAUCAAAAAAAAUUCAUUUAUUACAAUUGUCAUUAUUAUAAAGUCGAUUUUUUUCUUCCUUUUUCUGUCAUUCUAUACUUUAUUAUACUUUGAAUAGAAUUAAAUUCUUUUUGUAAAAUGA